AGACAAUGCCACUUCACAGACACCUCUCGACCACUCACGAUCAACUCGAGUUGACUGUCAAAGUCGAGGAGUCACUCACUGCUGCGUGGGAUCUGUGGGUCCAUCAACGAAGAAGGCAUGUUCGAUCAGAUACGACUGCCUGAUUUUCAGGCCUAUACCAUCGGAUGGAUUGCUGCUCUGGACAAAGAACUCACAGCCGCGCUUGCUAUGCUCGACGAAAGACACCAACAACCAGAGAACUUCGUUCAAAAUCAGCGAGAUACGAACAGCUACUCAUGGGGCCGGAUCGGUGCUCACAAUGUCAUCAUCACGUCAUUAGCCGAAGGAAGCUAUGGUCUUGUAUCUGCAGCAACGACCGCGAACGGCAUGAUUCUCUCGCUUCCGCAUAUUCGAUUCGGUCUCAUGGUCGGCAUUGGUGCCGGUAUUCCUAGAUUAGAAGACGGUAUUGACAUCCGCCUCGGCGACGUUGUGGUUAGUCGGCCCACCGACGGGUCUUCGGGAGUCAUACAGUAUGAUUUGGGGAAGUUGAAGGGAAACGGCGAAUUCCAGCGAGUUGGUUCGCUGGCUCCUCCACCGGCAGUCCUGCUCAAAGGGUUAGCAAAAUUGAAAGCUGAUCAGCGGCUCAAUGGUAAUCAGUUACCAAGAAUCCUGGCCGACGCGCUCAAACUUUUUCCACGUCUUGCGAAACCUCGCGGUAAUGAUGCAGCAUUCAUUCAUCAAGGAGCUCAGAACGAUCGACUAUUCACAGCGUCAUCAACACAUGUGCAAGUUAGGAAACUGCAAAGCUCUGUUCAUUCGGAAAAGCAAGUCUCAAUGAACUUCGCUCAGCUUGCCUACCACCAUAUUUGUAUUUCAACAGCUUGGAUUUGGGGCAUGAUAGUGCUUCUUUUCUUCUUUCAACGGAGGCCUGAAAACGACGGAAUCAGUGCCGAUUCGGUCUCAAGCGGUCAGGUUGGAGAAGCAAGACUUCAAAGCAUUACGAAGAUCGAAGCUUGCGAAUACUGCAAUCCUAAAGAUGAACUCAGAAGAGACGAUCGACCCGACACCGACCCUGAGAUUCACUAUGGCAUCAUUGCUUCCGGGAACUCAGUUGUAAAAGACGGAGUUUCCCGAGACCAGAUCCUGCAACAACUUGGAACAGGGUGCCUUUGUUUUGAGAUGGAAGCUGCCGGCCUGAUGAAUGACUUUCCCUGUCUCGUGAUAAGAGGAAUUUGCGACUACGCAGAUAGCCACAAGAGUGAUAGGUGGCAAAACUAUGCGGCGAUUGUGGCAGCUGCGUAUGCCAAAGAGCUACUAAUGGUGAUGGAGGCUAUGAAUGUCGAACAGACCAAGACAGUAGGAGAUAUUAUGGGAAAAGUUUCUCAGAUCGAGGCAACCACAAGGGAAACAUUUGAGAAAGUCGAGCAAUGGAACGCUGGCGAUCGUUCCGGUAAACUUCACUCAUGGCUUUCCGCACCAGACCCAUCGAUCGAUCACAACAAGGCGUCCAAUCUACAUCAUGAAGGCACAGGUCAGUGGUUUCUUGACACGAAGAAGUAUCUGCUCUGGAAGACAAAUCCCGGUUCGUCCCUAUGGUUGUAUGGCGGCCCAGGAUGUGGCAAGACGAUCCUGAGCUCGACAAUCAUCAGAGAUCUACGAGACAGCAAGGGCAUUUGCCUUUAUUUCUAUUUCACCUUCACAAACACUGAGAAGCAGUCAUUGGACGGUGCAAUCCGAUCUCUCAUAGAACAACUUUACCGCCAGAGCAAGGCUGCUCGAGAGUAUCUCGACUCGGUCUUCGAAUCCAGAGGAGCCAGUUCAUCACAGCCGGACAUUGACUCUUUGUGCUCAUGGUUCAAUGCUAUGCUUGGGAUAGCCGGCGAAGUAUGGAUUGUUCUUGACGCGCUUGAUGAGCGAGACUUACUUCGCGAGUGCCAACAAGGCCACGCGCUUAAAAACAAAGGGCUACUACAAUGGAUCAAAAUCCUUCUGGAAUCUGAAGGGGCAAACUUUCAUAUUUUAGUCACAAGUCGCCAAGAAGAAGAUAUUCGUCGUGUCUUGAAAGAUAUCAUUCCCAAGGACAUGCAGAUUUCUCUGCGAAACAUGUCAGUCAAUAAAGACAUACGAGCAUUUAUCCGAUCGACACUCAAGACAUGGGGCGACCUGCCAGAAUGGCGGAACAACCAGUCUUCUCGGGGAAAAGUGGAACAAUACCUCAGCGGAAAUGCUAACGGAAUGUGA